AUGGCUUAUUGUUCAACUGGUUCAAAUCGAGGUUAUGAUGAAUUAGUUCCACAUUAUAUUGAUGUUGUUCAUGAAACAAGAUUUUAUUCUCAAAAAGAUUAUCAAUCAAAACAAAUAAAUGAAAAAACUUCUAUGAUUUAUAUUAAAAAUAUUCUUAAUAAAUUACAUAUUGAUCUUGCCCAAAAAGGUUUUACUCAGGUUUGUUAA